GCAGCCAACACUAUGAUCAACGUUUUCGAUGCCGUGAGAGAUCUGCUGAAGUUGGACGCCGUGUGCAUCGACAACAACGUGUUCCGGCUGCACUACAAAGCGACCGUCGUCAUGCUCGUCACGUUCUCGUUGAUCGUCACCGCCCGCCAGUACGUCGGUGACCCGAUAAACUGCCUGGUGGACGGUGUACCAAAUCAAAUCAUGGAUUCGUAUUGUUGGAUACACUCGACGUUCACCGUGACCAAAAAGAUCGGCGGCCGCGUGGGCAAAGACAUCGUUCAACCUGGCGUCGGGCCCUACCGGGAGGGCGAAGACAUCGUCAAGUACCAUAAGUACUACCAGUGGGUGUGUUUCGUUCUGUUCUUCCAAGCCGUGUUCUUCUACGUGCCCAGGUACAUAUGGAAAAUAUUGGAGGGCGGCCGCAUACGAGUACUGGUCAACGGCCUCGACGACGUCAUGAUCACCGAAGAGCAAAAGGCCAAAGGCAUUAAACUGCUGGUGGACUACUUCACCGACAACUUGCACGCGCACAACUUCUACGCCGUUCAGUUUUUCGUCUGCGAGCUGCUGAACUUUGUCAACGUCGUCGCCCAAAUGCUGUUCCUCCACUACUUUUUCGAAGGCGAGUUCGCGCGGUACGGUCUCGACAUUUUCCGGUUCACCGACAUGGAGCCCGCCGAACGGGUGGAUGCCAUGUCCCGGAUAUUUCCUAAAGUCGCCAAGUGCACGUUUGAAAGAUACGGGUUUUCCGGUACCAUACAGAAGUUCGAUGGCUUAUGCCUGUUGCCGCUGAACAUAGUUAACGAGAAAAUCUACGCGUUCCUGUGGUUCUGGUUCUUGUUCAUUGCCGUGAUCAGUGGUAUCAACAUGGCGUAUCGUACAACUGUCAUCAUAUCAUCCCGGUUCCGCUUGGUGUUGUUGAAAAUGAAAUCUCGCCUAUCUCGUCAGGAUGAAUUAUUCACAAUAGUUGAAAAUUUCCAGGUGGGCGAUUGGUUUGUUUUAUACCAGAUAGGUAACAACUGCAAACCCAGGAUAUUCAGGGAACUUGUAUCAAAUUUGGCUGCCUUGCAAUUUAACGACAAUGAGGACGUUUAA